AGAGGUGUGUGGCCUGUUCAGUCAUAGACUAUGUACCUGGCUGCUCACCUGCAGUCCAGGGAGAGGAGAGGGACUGCGGAAAAUGAGAGCCGGAGUGUUGUGGCUCAUCUCUUUCUUCACUGUCUUUAAGGGCCACUGCAGCUUCCUUGGGAGAAAUGAUGGCGUCAAAACAAAAAGAGUACUCAGUGUGGAAAAGGCAGUCCAAGAUCAGGAAUAUGAGCUGUUGCUUCAGGUGACCUACAGAGAUUCCAAAGAGAAAAGAGAGUUGGAGAGUCUUCUGAAGCAACUGAAGGCUCCCUCGACAUGCUUGUCAGCACCAAUGGAGAUCAUCAGGGUGAAGACCACAACGUACUGUAGCAGCCUGAAUGGGAUCCUACAGUGUGACUGUGAAGACAGCCACCUCUGGUUUCCUCCUUCAUGCCUGGAUCCCCAGCACUGCUAUCUUCACACAACUGGAUCUCUCCCAAGCUGUGAAUGUCACGUCAGCAACCUCAGCCAGAGCAUCAAUUUCUGUGAGAGAGCAAAGAUUUGGGGCACUUUCCAAAUUAAUGGAAAAUUUACAAAAGACCUUUUAAAUUCAUCUUCUGCUAAAUACUCCAAUUAUACAACUGACAUUAAAGAUAAACUUACAGAAGUAUACAAAGAAAUUCAAGGUUUUGAGUCAGUGGAGGUUACCCAAUUUUGAGAGGGAAGCAUUGUUGUUGGGUAUGAAGUGAUUGGCUCAAGCAGCUCCUCUGAGCUGCUGUCAGCUGUGGAACAGGUGGCUGCGAAGGCAAAGGCCAGACUGGGCAAGCUGUUUCCGCUGAAAGACGGAUCCUUCAUGGUGUUUGGAAAAGUCCAGUGUAACAGCAUUUUCUUUGGAUUUGGGUCUAAGAAUGAUGAAUAUACCCUGCCCUGUAGCAGCGGCUACACUGGAAAUGUCACAGCCAAGUGCCAGCCCUCUGGAUGGCAGGUCAUCAGGGAGUCCUGUGUGCUCUCUCAGCUGGAAGAACUGCAGAAGAAUUUCAGCCUGAUUGCAAACAGCGCUACAGAGAUGGACAUGUCAUCUCUGGUGCAAAAUCUUUCAGUCAUCAUUCAGCAAAAUCCAUCAACUACAGCUGGAAAUCUGGCUUCUGUGGUGUCAAUUCUGGGAAAUAUUUCAUUCCUGUCAAUGGCAAAGAAUUUCAAGGUGUCUAAUUUGACGUUGGAGAAUGUCAUCAAUAUAGCUGAUCAUAUUCUUAAUUCAUCAUCAAUAACUAAUUGGACAAUUUUAUUGCAAGAAGAAAAGGAUGUUAGCUCACAACUACUGAGGACAUUGGAAAACAUCAGCAUUCUGAUACCUUCAACUGCUCUGCCUCUGAAUUUUUCUCGAGAUUUCAUUAACUGGAAAGGGAUUCCAGUGACCGAAAGUCAGUAUGAACUGGGUUAUAACUAUCAGAUUGAAAUGUUCCAAAAAAAUACCUCCAUUCCCAUCAGAGGCCACGUGUUAAUUGGACCAGACCAGUUCCAGAAGCCCCUUCCAGAAACUAUCAUCAACAUGGCUUCAUUGACCUUUGGAAACAUUCUGCCCAUUACCCAAAAUGAAAAUGUUCAGGUCAAUGGGCCUGUGAUAUCCACAGUUAUCCCAAACUAUUCCAUAAGUGAAAUUUCCCUGAUAUUCUCUAAGAUAGAGUCAAAUCUGAGAAAGCCUCAUUGUGUGUUUUGGGAUUUCAGUCAUUUGCGAUGGGACAGUGGAGGCUGCCACCUAGUAAAUGAAAGUCUAGAUAUGGUGACGUGUCAAUGUACUCACCUGACCUCCUUCUCCAUGCUGAUGUCACGCUUUGUCCCCUCUGCGAUUGUCCCUGCUGUGAAUUGGAUCACCUAUGUGGGACUGGGUAUCUCCUUGGGAAGUCUCACCUUAUGCCUGAUCAUUGAGGCUCUGUUUUGGAAGCAGAUCAAGAAGAGCCAAACUUCACGCGCACGUCAUAUUUGCAUGGUGAACAUAGCCCUGUCCCUCUUGAUUGCAGAUGUUUGGUUUAUUAUUGCGGCCACUGUGGAUACCACCAUAAACCCUUCUAGAGUCUGCACAGCUGCAGUGUUCUUUACACAUUUUUUCUACCUCUCUUUGUUCUUCUGGAUGUUCCUGCUUGGCCUCCUGCUGGCUUAUCGAAUCAUUCUCGUGUUCCAUCACAUGGCUAUGAGUUUGAUGAUGGCUAUUGGGUUCUGUGUGGGCUAUGGGUGCCCUCUCAUUAUAUCAGUCAUCACCCUUGCAGUCACACAACCUAGCAAUAACUACAAAAGCAAAGAUGUGUGCUGGCUUAAUUGGUCUGAUGAGAGCAAACCUCUCUUGGCUUUUGUUGUCCCUGCAUUGACUAUUGUGGCUAUGAAUUUGGUUGUGGUGCUGUUAGUUCUCUCGAAGCUCUGGAGGCCAGCUGUUGGAGAAAGACUGAAUCAGGACGACAAGGCCACUUUCAUCCGAAUGGGGAAGAGCCUACUCAUCUUGACCCCUUUGCUGGGGCUCACCUGGGGCUUUGGUAUAGGAACAUUGGUAGAUGGCCAGAAUCCAGCUUGGCAUGUUCUUUUUGCAUUACUGAAUGCAUUCCAGGGUUUUUUCAUCUUCUGUUUUGGAAUACUGUUGGAUAGUAAGCUACGACAACUUCUAUGCCACAACUUGUCCCCACUAAGCUCUUGGAUGCAGACACUAAAGCAAAACUCCUCAGAGAUAUCUUCCAAACCCAACCGCUCAAAACGUUACUCAGUGCAAAACAAAGGCAACAAUGCAAUUUCUCAUAAGGGAGAUUCCUCCAACAAUAUCAUGCUUACUCAGUUUUUAUCAACUGAAGAAGGUCAGGAACCAUAAAGUCAAGGAAAAAAAGUUGGAGCAACUUGACAUUUGGAGUUCAAUGUCAGUGAAGAAAUUAUGGUCACUAGUGGCUUCAUCACUGCCUCCUUCAUCUUAAAUUAAAUGGAAAAAACUAUUUUCAUGUGGUUUGAUUUUUUAAAAAUGCUACAUGGCUGCAGAAGAAUAGGUUCCAUUGGAAAUUGUGUUAGUUAUACCUUCCUGACUAUGAAAUAUGGUUUCCUUUUUCAUAAAAGUAAUAUUAUUCAUGUAGUAUUUCUAAUCACCUGAAUUGGGAAUAUGAAAAUGUCCUGAAGUAGCCUUAGAUAAAUUGAUAAACUAUGCUCACUUUCUUCUCAAAAAAUCACUGGUGCCAAUUUCUAGAGAAAAAGCAUUUCCUCUCCAAAUUUUCCAGUUGAAUUUGAUGCUUGUUUUUGCUUCUUAGGUGCAGUCUCUUAAUGUUGGAAGUUAAUCAGACAUAAAAUAAAAACUUCCAUUUCAGAUAUUUUUGUAGUCAUUUAUCAGGAAGUAUAAGAAUGUGAUUUGAUAAAUGAUGUGACAGUUGCCACUUUACAAUGCACUUUUGUGUGGUCUGCCACCAGCAAAGUGAAGUGUCCAAGCAGACCAAGCACAGAUAUAAGGAAAUGGGGACCCAGAGGUAAAUUGACUCACCAAAGAUUGUGAAGCUAAGAAAGGGCAACAGGGAAUGCUUCAGUACUUUGGAUUCCUUGUCCAGUUCUAUAGCCUCAGGACAACCUAGAAAAUUAUAUACAAUUCUAAGAAAUCUUUAUGAAGUUAAAUGUAUGAUUCAUCACCCCUAGAAUUCUGUGUAAGAGGGGAAUUGAUGGAAAGACUUUGCUUCCAAGGAGGUACCUCCAAACAUUAUGAUUUUCUUUUACUGUAGGAGCUUUUUGGAAGUUAUUCACAUGUACAGUCAAUGCUGCUUUCGGAUGAGAUCCAGAGUACAGGUGAAUAGAUGCUAGAAGCAGUGUUUCUCUUACAUAAUUCUGUCACUUGGGGUUCACCUGAGUUUCAGCCCUGACCACAGUGCACAGAAGAACUAAGCCCUCAGAUUCAGAGUUUUGAGAGUUACAGAGUUUGAAAGUAUCUGUUAGUUCUUGACAUGAAAACCUUCAUC